GUCUACGGACACGUUGUGAGCACGUUGUAGAAGUGAAGCUUUAGGUGUAAAACUGCAAAAAAAUGUCGUCCCAUUUGAAUUGGAUGAUAAUUCGCAACAACAACGCUUUCCUCGUGAAGAAACGCAAUAUUAAAAAACCCUUCAGCAAGGAACCUAACAAUGUGACUAACCUCAACUCCUUUCGAUACAAUGGUUUGAUCCACAAGAAAUCAGUCAGCGUGGUUGAAAAUCCUGACAGAAAAGGAUUCACUGUUGUGUACAAGAAAGCAAAGGCUACACAUCAUCCUGCUCAGAACUCAAUGCGCCGUCCUUUCAAAGCUGGCGCUCGCAGAUCACUCUACAAAGUGAGGAGGCUGUUGAAGAAAAACCACUACCGCACAGACCUCUGCAAAGCCACGCUGCGCCGCGCUUCAGCUAUUCUAAGGUCUCAAAGGCCCAUCAAGGCCAAGAAGCCUAAAGCAGCCGCAGCCAAAACGGAAUAACUUUAAUGUAAGCUGAU